AUGCUGCUCGUUAUCUCGCUGUUGGACGACCUCGACGUCGACGUUGCGAGACUGAUUGUCUGUGGGGACUCCAAUCUGGUGAUACGUCAGAUGCGGGGCGAGAUGGACUGCAAGUCGCCCGGGCUGAAGCUGUUGAGAGCGCAAGCAUGGAACGCACUACGAGGAUGGCCCCAACAUGAAUUCCUCCACAUCAGGCGGGACUGGAACGUGAGCGCAGAUAUGUUGGCUGGGCAAGCUCUCCAGCGCCAGCAAGACAAGAAUUCCUACAACAUGGGAGAGUUGGAAGAUCUGAGGACCUUGCACCGGUUGGGAGAAGUGGUGCGCCCGACGACGCACGAUGCAGAAGGCGACGAUCACGUCUUGAAGGCUGAGACGCGCGGUCUAGACGAUCCCGUUUCGGAAGCUGAGACGCGCGAUCUAGAUGACGUAGGACGCGGGACAAAAAAAGUUUGUCCCGUGAUCACGCGCUCACGGGACGCGCAGAAUCCAGCGCCGAGGAGACCACUGGAAGUCCUGAAAGUGCUCGAGGUACAACGACUCCGUCUUGAUCGAGUCUGCACUGCGCAGGAAGAGGAGGCUUGGAUCGCCAACCUCAAGAAGUUCUUAGACGGAGACAUCAGCGGAUUGUCCAGACGCGAAGCGAAGAACUGCCCCAAGAUAGCGGAGCAGUACGAAGUCGGGGAGAGCGGUUUACUGUACUACCACGUACGUGGGAGCGAGGCCGCCGAGAAUCGGGAUACGAUCAUGAAGCUUGUCGUUCCAGAGACUCUCCGAGAAGACGUAUUGCACCAUUACCACGCGAGUUUGGAGGGCGGACAUCAGGGUAUCGGCAGAACGUAUCAGCGGAUACGACGACAUUUCCAUUGGCCCGGGUUGUUCAAGAGCGUGCAGCGCCACGUUGGGGAAUGCGUCGACUGUGAGACGGGAAAGGGCCGUCCCACGAUCCGGGGAGAGUCGCCGGGCAACAUAGUUGAGAUAUACCCGUUCCAAGUCGUGGCGAUGGAUCAUAUCCCGUCACUACCGGCAUCGCACAAGGACAAUACGGAGCUCCUGGUCUGGGUAGACCUCUUCACAGGUUUUGUGAUCGCAAAGGCAAGCGCGUCUCGAACGGCUCAAACCGUCGCGGAAUCGUACGAGGAAGCCGUCUUCAGACGAUUUGGCGCCAGCGAAGCGAUUCGUCACGACCGCGAGCCCGGUUUCAUGUCGGAUUUUUUCAAGGCCUUCAAUGCCUUCAACAAGCUGAUGGACCAGCGGCAACGUGCGACGCUUGCGUACCGUCCGCAAGCAAACGGGACGGCAGAACGCAUGGUGCAGACCAUUACGAGAGCCAUCAAGAUGUACAUUGCCGAUAUAGAUCAACGUGACUGGGACCAAUACGCUGAACGACUGACGUACGCGCUUAACACAGCUCACGAUCGAACGAUGAACGAGACCCCGUUUUUUCUCGUGCACGGCUGGGAUCCGCGGUCCACGUUGGAAGCGACAUAG